UUUUGUCUCCUAGAUGCACCCACUGGGCCUGUGUAAUAACAAUGAUGAAGAGGACUUGUAUGAAUAUGGCUGGGUAGGAGUGGUAAAGCUGGAACAGCCAGAAUUGGACCCGAAACCAUGCCUCACUGUCCUAGGCAAGGCCAAGCGAGCAGUGCAGCGAGGAGCCACUGCAGUCAUCUUUGAUGUGUCUGAAAACCCAGAAGCCAUCGACCAGCUAAACCAAGGCUCAGAAGACCCCCUCAAGAGGCCAGUGGUAUAUGUGAAGGGUGCAGACGCCAUCAAGCUGAUGAACAUUGUCAAUAAGCAGAAAGUAGCACGAGCAAGGAUCCAGCACCUCCCUCCUCGACAACCCACCGAAUACUUUGACAUGGGAAUUUUCCUGGCUUUCUUCGUUGUGGUCUCCUUGGUCUGCCUCAUCCUUCUUGUCAAAAUCAAACUGAAACAGCGGCGUAGUCAGAAUUCUAUGAAUAGACUGGCUGUGCAAGCUUUGGAGAAGAUGGAAACCAGAAAGUUCAACUCCAAAAGCAAGGGGCGCCGAGAAGGGAGCUGUGGGGCCCUGGAUACACUCAGCAGCAGUUCCACGUCCGACUGUGCUAUCUGCCUGGAGAAGUACAUCGAUGGAGAGGAACUGCGGGUCAUCCCCUGUACCCAUCGGUUCCACAGGAAAUGUGUGGACCCAUGGCUGCUGCAGCACCACACCUGCCCACACUGUCGGCACAACAUCAUAGAACAAAACACCAUGUGUUUGGAGACCAGCAACCUUGCACGUGGUCGGCAGCAGAGAGUGACCCUGCCAGUACAUUACCCAGGCCGUGUGCACAGGACCAAUGCCAUCCCAGCCUUCCCUACCAGGACAAGCAUGGAUUCCCAUGGGAAUCCCGUCACAUUGCUGACCAUGGACCGUCAUGGGGAGCAGAACCUCUAUUCUCCACAGACCCCUACCUAUAUCCGCGGCUACCCACCCCUGCACCUAGACCACACUCUGGCCUCUCACCGCUGCGGCCUAGAGCACCGGUCCUACUCUCCAGCCCAUCCCUUCCGCAAGCCCAAGUUCAGCAGCCGCAGCUUCUCCAAGGCAGCUUGCUUUUCCCAGUAUGAGACCAUGUACCAACACUAUUACUUCCAGGGUCUCAGCUACCCAGAACAGGACGGCCAACCAGUGCCCAGUCUCAUGCCCAGGGGCCCAUCCCGUGCCUUCCCACCAAGCAGUGGCAGCAGCCUGCUCUUCCCCACCAUGGUGCACAUGGCCCCACCCUCCCACCUGGAGAGCGGCAGCACAUCCAGCUUCAGUUGCUACCAUGGGCAUCGUUCUGUGUGCAGUGGUUACCUGGCUGACUGCCCUGGCAGUGACAGCAGCAGCAACAGCUCUGGCCAGUGUCGGUGCUCCUCCAGUGACUCUGUGGUAGACUGCACAGAAGUCAGCAACCAGGGAGUAUACGGAAGCUGCUCUACCUUCCGAAGCUCCCUCAGCAGCGACUAUGACCCCUUCAUCUACCGCAGCCGGAGCCCCUGUCACAGUAGCGAGGCAGGGAGCUCAGGCAGGGGGCCCACUGUACACCUUGAGGGCUCCCCCUCACCAGAGGAGCUCCCAGCAGCACACAGUCAAAGUGCUGGGCGGGCAGAGCCGUGGCUAGGCCCUGCCUCUCCCUCAGGAGACCAGCUAUCCACCUGCAGUCUGGAGAUGAACUACAGCAGCAACUCCUCACUGGAACACAGAGGACCCAAUAGCUCUACCUCAGAAGUGGGGCUUGAGGUUUCUCCUGGGGCUGCCCUGGACCUCAGGAGGACCUGGAAAGGGGGCUCAGAGGGACCGUCUUGUGCCUGCUGCUACGAGCCCCAGCCCUCCAUACUGGGGCCUGAGGCAGGAGCAGUGGGGGGUGGCAGCACCUUAUUCCUGUGUCCCCCACUCCUUGAGGGCUGCAGCCCUACAAGUGGGGAACCACAACCAGGGGGCUCCCAGGGCCUAUAUGGCCUUCACUCAGACCAUUUGCCCAGGACAGAUGGGGUGAAAUAUGAGGGCCUGCCCUGCUGCUUCUAUGAAGAGAAACAGGUGGCCCACGGUGGUGGCGGGGGCAGUGGCUGCUACACUGAGGACUAUUCAGUGAGUGUGCAGUACACACUCGCUGAGGAGCCCCCACCCAGCUGCUAUGCAGGGGCCCAGGACCUGAGCCAGCGCAUCCCCAUUAUUCCGGAGGAUGUAGACUGUGACUUGGGCUUGCCCCCAGACUGCCAAGGGAUGCACAGCCACAGCCCCUGGGGUGGGACACUGGGCCUGGAUGUCCCAAGGCUCCACUGGGAUCUGAGGACAACCCAAGAAGAGGAACAGCUUCCAUGCUACCAAGCUGAGGUGCCACUGCAGCCUGGCUGCCCUUUAGAAGAGACGGGUCCUGCCAGGCCUAGCCUUCCCAGUGCUCCCCAGGACACUCAGAAGCCCCACACCCUGGCCGCUGAGGCUUCAGGAACAGGAUCUGGCCCAGGCAGCGGUACAAAAGCUUGAGCUCGGAAGAAACUCUUAUCUGGAAAUCGGGAACUAUACAAGACUCCUAACUCUGACUUCCUUCAAAACAAGAGAAGAAAAAAAAAUUUUUUUAGCUUUGACAAACACACAAAAGUGGUAAUAAAGAGAGCCCUCCUCAACCCAAAAUGUGAGCCACCUGUGGCACCCCCUCCCCAUUAACAAACCCAACAGACAAAAUCUCUUGAGUCCUUUGCCUCCUUUAAUAAGGUGUUAUCCUGUUUUGUAAUGUGUGUGCUUGGGGUUCUGAGGUGUGUGGGGUUGAGUUCUCUGUUUUGUUUUUUUAAGAUAUUAUAUGUAAAUGUAAAAAGUUAUUUAAAUAUAUAUAUUUUAAAGAACCCUAACCACCAACUUUUGCUGAAAAAGAAAAAAAAAAUCACUGCUGCGUUAAAUGAACCACAUCAUGUG